AUGGGGCGUCAAACCAUUGACUUGGAACCCCAAUGCCACUCGCACAAGCACUUCCGAAAUGCCUUGACUGAGCUCUCCAAAGGUCGCUACACAUGCAAGUGUCACCAUGUUGGACUUGAAAGUUACUGCCGCCUCCCCUUUUUGUUCUUCCAAUCUGUACAGUUCAUAUGCGUUUCUUUUUCAUUAGUGUGUGGAUCCCUGCCUGACAUUUGUAAUACGAACUGCGCGUUUGUCUCUACUCAGGUGAAGAGGCGGAACUCAGAGGAAAGCUCUACUCAAUGGACUACUGGGAUUGCUGAGGUUCAACUCCCCAUUGAAUUCAAGCUAAAGAAUAUUGAGGAAACAGAGGCUGCCAAAAAGCUCCUACAGGAAAAGAGGCGCAUGGGUCGAAUGAAAACAGAAUCUAGCAUCCCUGCAAGUUAUAGUGCAGAUUAUUUCCAACGUGGCAGAGACUAUGCCGAAAAGCUUAGAAGAGAUCAUCCCGAGCUGUACAAGGAGAGAGGUGUAGAGGAUGCUGGUCAGGAAUCUAGACCAACUGAUUCUGGUACAGAUGCAGCAGGACGAAGGCAAGCUGCAACAGAUGAGUUCAUGCUUGAGCGCUUUCGCAAACGUGAACGCCAUCGUGUGAUGCGGAGAUAACACGCAGCUGAGAAUUCAUUGCAUCUCAGUGUCAGAUCAAAUAUGGUCUGUGUAAUGGAUUAUCACUGUGUGUUCUAACUUAUCCUGCACUUAUCAAAAGGAAAGCAAAUAAAUUAAAACCUAAAAAGAACAAAAAGCUUAUCCUGCCUCUAUAUGCUGGUUCAUUCAGCUACGUGCACACGGCCAUGAGAAAAGUUUGAUGCUUUUAUCUCUAUAAAUACCUGUGGUGGUGGUCUUUGUAAUGAUUGAAAGCUUCCGGAGAUGUAAACUGUCAGUGACUAUUGUUGUGACUUGAUGGAGGAUACAAAAUUUGAUUCGUGACAGUAAAAUUUAUCCAAAUUCCCUACAGUUGGAAAGGAGUGGAGAGGAAGGAGGAUUGCUUUCGGUGCAAGUUUCACAAUGCAAAAAUAUUUCAUCUU